AUGGUCGUAAAUUUGAAGGACUUUCAGCCCCUCUUCAACAAACUUCAAGGUACAUGGUCAGCUUUUCGAGCAAUAUCUCUCAGAAGAGUGAAAAUUAGCCUAUGAAUAAACUGUGAAAACUUGCCAGAAAUUUCGACGUUUUUACUCUAUAUUUCUAAUCGGAUAGUCCAGCCAUUGUUUGAAAUUCUCAACAAAAAAAAAGUUGAUCUCUUUUAUUCAAAAAUUAUUACAAAAAUGCUUUCAGACCGCUCUGAUCACUAUAACUUUCGAUGGAAACGUCCGAAAAAUCCUCAAAAUUACGAGAGAUCCAAAUAUGACCGCGAAGACAACUGACGAUGAUUCCUACGAAAUAUUCAUUUAUAGUUUAUUUUUAUCGCAAUAUAAAGUUCCAUUUCCUUCCUAGGUUUUAAUUCACAUGAGACAUCCCUCGUACUCUUGGAUUUUUAAUUCGAUUAUCUUGUUUUCCUACGUGACAGUUGAGGGGAUCAACGAUAACUCUAGACGCUUAAAACAAUUAAUUACAGCUCAAUUAAUGUUGACCUUUUUGUAGGCAGGAAUUUCAUUCCUUUUCAAUUUAUCAGGUUUUCCAAACGCCUUCUUUACGUUCUGAAAAUUUCGCAUUAGCUUGUACUAUUUUUUUUCAAGAAUUAAUUAUAGUAUGCGAAAUUUGAACAUGACAACUCAAGAAAGCGCGACGUUGCGAAAAGUUCUAAAAAAUGGAUAAUUUGAACUGAAUCAUAGUGUAGUAUGCUGAGUGGAAAUAAAUUAUAAAGUUUUUAAACUUAAAGAUCCAAAAAUUAUAACUUUCAGAGAGCUAAUAUGGCCUUAUCAGCCCAUACAACUAUUCAACUUAUUUACGGCGUACCGAGUCUGAUUCUCAUGAUUUUCUUCCUUAUCGCUUUGAGCUGGAGCAAACUCUUCCAAAACUCCUUUUAUCGUAUGGUUCAGUUUGAUCUCAUCAUUGUGAGUUUUGGAAAAAAAACUGUCAAGAUGAUGGCUCAGUAUGUCUAUUGAAACUAUUUUGCAGCCCAAAAAAAUAACGAAAAUAAAACUCAGUUUUAAGCGCGACGCGUUAUGAGAGAAUAAUGAGAUUUUAAGAAAAAAACCCGAACUUCACUUCAGAACGUGCUAUGCUAUCUCAACACCUGGAUUUUUCUUCGAUUUAGCUCCGAAGAUUUCCGGAUGGAUUUCUUUCUUUAUUUAGCCAAGAAAAGUACGACGAUUCUCGAAGCAUCGAAUGUCUUUCUCCAAUGGUGGGAAUUGAAUGAUCGAUUUUCGGUCCUCUAAUUACGCGUAGUACUGGACUUUGACCAAAAAAUUGAACAAAAAUCCCAAAUAUUAUUAAUCAUUUUAGGUUUUUCCACGCUCAGAGUCUGUCUGCGUUUUUCCUUUGCGCACAGCGAUUGACAACCUCCUUAUUCAUCCGUUCUGACGAGGUAUGUUCUGUUCGGUAGAUCUCGUUGGGGAAGAUACAAUGGGCAUAAACAAAAUUAACAAUGCAAACGGGUCUUUUUCUGGAAUUCGAAAAGAAGAGGAUUUGAGAGAAGAAAAAACUAAUUUCAGAUUUGGAGAAAGUACUACUGGUUGGUCGCCUUAUCGGGCCUAGUCUACAGUUCUGCAAUUUCACUGACUUAUUUAUUAAAUGGUGUCGAUACGACCUACGAAAUAGUCGAUGGAAAGUUGAUAAUCGAAUCGGUGAGAGCCUCUCGAGAUUUAUAAAAUAAUAAACUUUCUACGCUACGUUUACCUAGCUUUUUAGGAAAUCUAGCUGUCGCCAGCUUUCAGAACCUCUUUCCUUUCUGAAAGAACUGAAAAUUUUCGAAAAACUUUAUUGUAAAUAUCUUUCAAGACCUUUUUUAUUUGGGAAAAGUUGAUUUAAUUGGUUCUUCAUCUUUUUGCUUGAAAACAUGGAAAACUUGAAACUUCUCUUUCAGCACCAUAUGGAUAUUAUUGCGUUAAUGAACCCAGUUUUCGCCUGCAUCUACUUCACUAUGAUUUUCUCUUCAGGAUUAGCAACUUUCUGCAUCGUGGGAAAAAGGCUAGAAGGUAUACUUAAUUUGGAACAGCUUCCUGGUUUGUUUCCAGAAGCAAGAAAAAAUAGAAACAUUUUCGCUGAAUCAUUGAAAAAAAAAUCCCCGAGAGCAUCUGUAGAAAGUUUGGAUAUUUUGUGAUAAGAAACACUUCUUUUUCAGUAUUACACCCAAUGCGAAAGGUUCUAUCAACUCGCAAAAUGGCUAUAAUUACCAUUGUCAAUAGUGUUGUGAUUUCCGGCAACUUGCUCUACACGGCAAGCUUUUAAACCUCUCAUUUAAAAUGAAAACUAUCUUUUUCAGACCUUAUACGGAGUUAUGACAGCCCUCAACAUUAAUGCGCUCAAUUUUCUCUCUAUCAGACUUAUGUUAUUCUCAUCUGACAUGGUUUUACUUCAGUUUUAACUUGAAUUAAUCCAAAGUUCAGAUCACUCUUGCCAUGCCGUGGAUUCUGCUAUUUUUGGAUAAAAACGUCGGGAAAAUGCUCGGCUUCUCUAAAUCUAUCAAAACAAACAAUGUCCAAACUAUAACCUAA